AUGACGGACACUGGGCUGAUUUUACGUGACGUCCUCAACACUAUUGCUGCUAAAGAGAAAUACGAGAAUUGCGACAUAAAAAUGAAACUAAUUAAUACUGACGGUGCUAACUACUCGUCUCAUUUAUAUGAAGCGACAAUUUCUGCACCAAACAAACCUGACCUUGAACUGUUUGGAAAAGUUGUCAUAAUGGCUGAAGAUAAGAGGGCCGCUUUUAAUAUUUCAGUAUUUGAUACAGAGCAUAUUUUCUAUACUAAUCUAUUAAACGAAUAUAAACUGUUAGAGGAGAAAUAUCAAAUACCAGAAAAGAACAGAUUGCUAACCGCGAAGUCUUAUGGCUUUGAUAAUAGAUAUUUAAGAGAGACUGUAGUUAUGGAGAAUUUGAGCAAACAAAAUUUCAAGUGUUAUAACAGAUUGGAAAGUGUAACCUGGGAACACGCAGCCGCAAGUAUAAAACAGAUGGCUUAUUUACACGUUUUAUCUGUUGCUUUCGGACAGGAUAAUCCUGAAAAGAGAGAUGAAAUCUUCAAGAAAAUUAAUUUUACAUUUCCAAAAUUUCUGUUCGAUAAAAUGUCUCAAAACGCUAUCGCCGUUGCCAAAGAAGAAUAUCGAGAAAGGUUUACCAAUUUCUUACAAGAAAAUUUUAAAACUGAAAAUAUCGUGAAAUUCUUCAAGCCAAUUCGCCUUGCGGUUAUAGCGCAUGGCGACUUCAGACCGGAUAAUUUGAUGCAUAGAAGACUUGAGGAUGGAACAUUGGAGGUAGCAGUGCUAGAUUUUCAGAUAAUACAAGUGUGCAACCCAAUUAUGGAUCUGCUGUACUUCAUCAUUAAUGGUACGGAUGAGAAAUUUCGCCAAGAACACUAUCGACAUCUUAUUGAGCACUAUUACAGCGAAUUUUGUAAUGCCCUACGAAGAUUUAGUCUAGAUCCAGACCUCAUCUAUUCAAAUCAAAACUUUGAGAAUGACCUAAAAGAGAUGCUGCCAUUCGGUCUACUAGUAGCCAUCGUCAGUCUACCUUUCGUUACGGUCGAUGUCAAAAACGCUUCAAAGAUUGGCAGCGACUUAGAAACUCAUUUCCUCGGGAUCAAAACGAGUGAUUUGUUUGCAGAAAGGCUCAACGGCGUUAUCAGCGACUAUAUUAAAAUGGGGAUCUUGUAA